CUAGCCAUGCGUAGUGCAAACUUACCUCCAUGAUGCUUUCGAAAUUUUACUUAAAACGCCUUAUGUUUAGAAGAUUGAUGCCACCUCAAUGUUUGCGGAGUCACUUGUGUCAACAAACUUCCCAUUUCCUGUGAUAAAUCUGCACACCACUUUUACCCAAAGAUGCUGGGACACUUUCUUCACAACAAUCUUAAAUGACGAGGUGUAUCGGCCUCCAGGCGGCUAAACAUAUUAGUGAUUGUAAGUAAGACUAGCUGAGUAGACUACAUCCCGAUAGCAUGCGGUUCAGUAGUAGGCUAUCCCCCGUGAUCGGACUAAUUCUUAAAUAAACGUCAAUAAUAAAUGCAUCUUAAAGUACGAAUAAUUAUAGUACUGCUAAAUGAUGAAAUCGAAUCCAAUUAGUAUGGGAGACCAAUUGGUACACGAUAUUAGCGUAGCAUCACGAGGGUGGCGAGCCAUGAAAUGGCAGCGUGGGAACGGCAACGCUCGGGCUGCAGCUCCCGCAUAUAACCUAAUAUAAAUUGUCUUAUCAUCCCAAACGCCAUCUCAAAAUGAUCUCAAACAUUAAUUGCAGUACUUAACUUGGAUGCAGCAAGAGUUUGACGUUCCAUGAUGAAUUGUCAAAGAAUUCCAGACGGAAAAACACAGCACAAAGAAAGAACGUGGGCAGCGUAAACAGUGCUAUCGAAAGGAAUGAAAACAAAGGCGCUAGCUGUAGUAGUAGCGGGUAGCGGGGGCUUAGAUCAGCUCCUCUGUAGACGAGGGAUAUUGAGGAAGGAAGAGACUAAAUGGCAAGGGACCUCUGGUAGUGGUGUCACUCGCCCCAGAUACCAUACUGACACCUUGAAUAAAGGUGAGCGAGCCAGAAUACUCUGGCACUACCAUGUAGCUUUUUCUCUGGUAUUUGUAGCAAUACUUAUACCUUAGAAAUGAGUGCUAAAGGAACCAUUUCACAGAGUGACACAGGCUGAGCCCAGAAAUUAAUAUUUGAAGGUUUUUUGAUGAAAAAUGCAAUAAGACUGCCAUUUAUAUAGUUUUUAAUGCACCCAAAGCAUUAAAAGUAAGGUUUUCUUAUGAUUUUUGACAAUGUUCUGGCGUUCAACAAUUUUUGGCUCACAACGCAUCUCAAGAACGGAACCCCCGUUGUAACCCGAGGACUGCCUGUACUUGACUGCAUAGAGUGCUUUGGUGCUAAUCAAAAUGGAAAGUGCAAGGAAAAAGCUGAAAAUUAGUGACGGUAAUGAGGACCAAAGUAUUAAUGCCUUACAAGACAAUUCAGGAUCAUCUGAUUUGGAUGCACUUGCAAAAUCAUUUUUGGAAAUUGAAGAUAAACAGUGUGAUGCUCUCCUUCAGCUAGAUUAUGGCCAAAAUAUUUGUUAUAUUUACAACCCAUUGGAAUAUGCUCGUGAAAUUCACAAGGACUUCCUUGCAAAAUUUUGUAAAGGACCAAAGAAGGUGUUACUGUUGGGUAUGAACCCAGGCCCCUGGGGUAUGGGACAGACUGGGGUACCAUUUGGACAUGUUCAGUAUACCAAAGAGUGGUUAUGUUUAAAAGGAAAUGUUACCAAGCCUAAAAAGGAACAUCCUAAGCGACUGAUUACAGGUCUUGAAUGCACACGAAGUGAAGUGAGUGGUGAUCGCCUUUGGUCAUUGUUGAAAGAAUUAAGUGGGAAACCUGAGACACUGUUUACCAACGUUUUUCUUCACAAUUAUUGCCCUCUUUUCUUUUUGAAAGAUUCAGCAAAGAAUGUUACUCCUCCAGAAUUGAAGGUGAAAGAGCGUUCAGGUCUAGAAAAAAUCUGUGAUGUAGCACUUGUUGACACUGUAAAGCUUCUUGAAGUUGAACGCCUUGUUUGUGUUGGAAACUAUGUAGCAGAGAAGUCCAAAUUGGCCCUUGGAAGGGCUGGCUUGGAAAAUAUAAAGAUCAGUACUUUAAUGCAUCCAAGUCCUGUCAACCCUGCUGCAAAUAAAGGUUGGAGAGAAAUUGCAAUCAAGCAACUAACAGAAAGUGGAGUUAUUCCAUAUUUCAAGGCACAAGAAUGAGCUAAGUUAGAACUAAA